UUGUAUUUCAACAAUCGGAAAAGUUUGCAAAGGUGGAAAACGAAUACCAAUUACUGAAAAUAGAAAACAACGAAUUCCAAGGGCUUCAAAGUAAAAUCAGUUUAAUUUCAGAAAAGUGUCAGAAGUCUGAAGCUAUCAUGGAACAAUGGAAGUCUUUUCAAAUAAUUGCUCAUCUGAAGCAUCUACAGGAGGAAAUUUAUGAGUUGAAAACUUGGUCCAACAGGAUAACUGAAAAACAGGGCAUAUUGAACAACAAUUUGACGACUCUUUCACAAGAUAUUACAAAAGUAGACCAAAGUACAACUUCCACGGCAAAAGAUGUUGGUCUCAAGAUUACAACUAUAAAGACAGAUCUACGCCGUAUUUCAGGUUUAGUAACUGAUAUAACAUCCUUGACAGACUCUGUGCAAGAACUGGAAAGUAAAAUAGAAAAAACAGAAAAAAAUACAGUAAAAAACAUAGGUGAUCUCCUUUCCAGCAGCAUUGACCGAACAGCAAUGCUCCGAAAGACAGCAUCUGAAAAUUCACAGAGAAUUAACUCUGUUAAGAAGAUGCUUUCGGAGCUAAAGAGUGACUUCAACAAGCACACAGACAGGUUGUUAAGCUUAGAAAGUGACAGAGCUAAAGUUCUGAAGACAGUGACUUUUGCAAAUGAUCUAAAGCCUAAGGUGUAUAAUCUAAAGAAGGACUUUUCCCGUUUGGAACCGUUGGUAAAUGAUUUAACACUACGCAUUGGGAGACUGGUUGCUGACUUACUACAAAGAGAAAAAGAAAUUGCUUUCUUACAUGAAAAAAUAUCUAAUUUAACAAUAGUCCAAGCUGAGAUUAAGGAUAUAAAAGAUGAAAUAACACACAUUUCAGGUACGGAUUAGUUUGAUAUUAUUUAGGUUAGACUGAAGUAAGUUGUUUUUUAAAUGGGACCUCUGUCAUGUCAUGAAGAGACUGACAAGUUAGAAAUAAUGAAAUUCUGGAGUAAAUACCAUUUUGUACAUGAUUCCAUUGUGUACAGUAAAAAUAAAAUCUUGAAAAGGGUUGAGCACUUGAUUUUUCAAAAUAAGUAUGCUAAAAC